CGUCAUAAAAUUGGGUUGCAUGUCUUUGUCGAACCCCGGAACAAGUUCACUGUUUUUAAUCAACUGUUUUAAGUUAUCAAAGUAUUUUAUGUUGCAUUUUUAAUGUAUGGAACAGCAGUUUUAAUAAUUCGAAAUCGCCUUGUUUGUUAGUAAUUCAUAGUGUCAUCAUGGGAGAUCGAAAAAGGGGGAAAAGAGAGGAGAACCCGCAACAAUGCAAUUUCAAUUCCCAACGCAAAAGGACAUCCAUAAAAAAUCGAACAGGACUUGCUGAUCGAAGAGGAAACAUUUUCCAGCGGAUUCGUGAUUCGCAACGAGGAAUGCCACCCAUCAGGUGUAUUACAGAGAUUCCCAAAAGCAUCCUCUUGGAUUGUGACAACCGACUUGGUCUGGAGGAUGGAGAGCAAAUACCAGUGAUUAUCAGUGGUUUAUAUGAGAGCACUAGGAGCCUCCUUGAUAAACAAAAAUCAAGCAUGGAGCUGUAUUUAACCUGUAUGGAAAAACUCAAGUUACUUGUGAAACUUCUGAACUCGGACAGCUCUCAAGAAUAUCCAAAGAGGAGCGGCCAGACAAGAGAGAGUCGUGUCAUCCACGCCGAGGUCAUUUAUCUAUUUGGAGGCGUCGAGGUGAUGGUGCAACUACUGCUUCUGUCCGAGUAUUACCCAACAGCCAGCAAGCCAAUUCAACCAGAUGUUUCCCAUGCUGAAGUGAGAACCAAGUUAUCCUACCAUGUACUCGAUGUGCUGCAUUUUAUGUGUAUCUGUAUGGGUCCAGACAUUGCAGGGCCUCUCUCCGAUAGAGAAGACCUCAUCUUCCAUUUAUUCACCUUAAUGGCAGAGAAAUCUUGCUUUCUAAAAGCAGCCACACUAUUAGAAGACAUCCUUGGCGUCAAACAAACCAUGAUUUCUCUCAGUAAAAUACCAAACCUUGAAGCAUUGGUUACUGGGUUCGACGAGGAGCAGCUAGCUAAUUUCUGUCGCGUCCUGUCCAUUGCCGUCUCCGAUACAGACGUCCGAGAUGAACAGCCCAAUCUUGUUGCUCAAGACAAGGCCAACCGUAACAAGACAGGGGUACCAGUCUCGGACUUAAACCAAGAACUUCUCGUUGAGCUUCCAAAUUUCAUCAUGAAGUUAGUCAAAAUUGCUUGCAAAAGAAUUGACUCUGCAUCCACGGGUAACAUGCCCAACCUGUUUAAUGAGAUUGCAGGCUGGGUGACGUGGCUAGAUAGCUCAUUAGCCUUUGACGCCCUUGCCGAGGUGUCCAACGAUGAUGGGGUGUACCUCAAUCUACCUCUCCAUGACCUGUCAGCGCCUAUACCUCAGUCCUUGAGGACAAUGCAUGAGCUGGUGUACAAGGUUGAAGUACUCUAUGUACUCUGUCUGCUGCUCACUGGUAAACAGCGAACAAAGGUUCAUGAAAUGCUGUCCAAGUUCAAGUUGAUGGCCGGUCUGAACCUCCUGUUUGAUAAGGUCAUCUGGAGAUGUAACUUGAGGUCACGACCUCUACAUGGUCAUAAUGAGAAUUGUGACUGUAGUCCUGAGGUAGCACUCAAGGUGCAGUUCUUGAGGCUAGUGCACAGCUUCUGUGACCAGAACGAGAAUAAGUAUCUUAUCCUUACAAGAGGUGAAAUCAAUGAGCUGAAUAGAAUAUCCAAACAUGCCGAUAUACCGCCAUUAGAUGCAGUCAAAGACAUUGACAGAUCUCUGCUAUGUACAGGCCAAAAGGGAAUCCUAUCUAAACUAGUGGAUGUACUAAAGAAAGAACCAGCAGAAUCGCCGUUCAGAUUCUGGAUGUCUAGGUCUGUCGAGAGCUUCCUUCGUGGCAAGACGUCCUUCACAGAUCAGACCUUCCUGCUAAGGAAGGGUCUCCUAGAGGUUAUACUGACCAACGUCAUCAGUACAGGAACCAAAUCUAAAGAAGUCCUACAGAGUAACUUUGACUUGCUGGCUGAGCUGAUGAAGUUCAACCAUGUUGCCUUUAAGAGGUUUAACAAGUUCAUCGAGACAGAAGAAAAGAUGGAGUCUUUCUUGAAGUUAGUAUCAGAUAACAUCGUUGACUCCAACAUGUUUAUAAGAUGUCUAAUACUGACCCUUGAUCACUUCCAGAAGGAGCAACCUGAUAACUAUGAGUAUGCGAUGAGAAGUUGUCGCCUUCUUCAGUUUGUACGCAAGAGACCUGUGAGAGUGAAGUUCCUUAUCAAGCUUAUCAACACGGUCAAUGUUGAGAUCUUAACUCAGGAGAACGUGAGUUGUCUGAAUACUACCAUCAUCUUCCUCAUGUUUGCUGAGAGGUCUUGUGAGUUACCUGAGUAUCUAUCUGAUCUUAGACAUGAAGAGCAGAGUCAACUCAAACCAGGCUUCCUACUACAGAACUUCAGAGAGCUUGUGUUUUUCUGGAGGGAUCACUACCUACAUAAAGACAAGGACUCUACACAACUGGAAAAGAGUUCAUGCAUUCAGUUUGACAAGUGGAAGGCCAUCGUCAAUGUCUUAAUAGACGGCGACAUCAAGUCUCCGUUCACAAUAGCACACUAUCUGGACAUGGAUGAUCUGAUGACAAAGGACAUGGAUGUGGACUCAGCAACUGGUCACGGUGAUGACGCCAGUAAAUCCAAGUUCACUCGAUGUAUGACCUCAUGAGGGCGCUGGUCGUGUUUGACUUCAUCAGGAUGGCAUGAAUAUUAUCCCAACGGACAAACUGGUUGCGUUUAAGUGUGAAAUGUGUGAAACGCUUAUUGCUGAUUGAUGUUUCCCCGACUGAUUGGUACUUUCGACUUAAGUGAGAAUUUGAUGUGCGCCGUGAUUUGUGAUGAUUUCAACCGAGAUUUCUUACCAAGGGAUGUAUGCCAAGG